CCGCCGGAGUGUCCCGCAUCCGCAUCCGCCGCCGCCGCUCACCCUCCUCCUCCUCCUUCUCUACCUAGCCGACGUCCGGCUUGCGCCUCCGCAGCUCCUCCUCUUCAUCACGCUGAUGUCCAGCAUCCACCUCCGCCAUUGCUCCACUAUGCCCAUGUCCCGCGUCUGCCUCCGCCGCCGCCUCUCCUCCUUCUCCAACUGCACCUCGCCGCCCUCACCAACCUGGUCUCCCCACGCCGCCUUUGCCGCGGCCACGGAGCGCGUCCGCGCCGGAACGCUCAGCCCGCAAGACGCACACCACCUGUUCGACGAAUUGUUUCGGCAGGCCACUCCGGUUCCCGAGCGCUCCCUUGAUGGAUUCCUUGCCGCCCUCGGCCGUGCCACGCCCUCUGAGGCCUGCAGAGACGGCCCCUCCCUCGCCCUCACCCUCUUCAACCGUGUCUGCCGAGAAGAAGCCGGCAUGCGGGUUGCGCCGCCAACCAUCUUCACCUACGGCAUCCUCAUGAACUGCUGCUGCCGUAUGGGUCGUCCGGACCUAGGGCUCGCCUACUUUGGGCGCAUCCUCAGGGCGGGCCUGAAGGCAAACCAGAUCGCCGCCAACACCGUCAUCAAGUGCCUCUGCUGCGCAAAACAUACCGACGAGGCUGUCAAUAUGCUGCUUCAUAGGAUGUCCGACCUCGGCUGUGUACCUGAUGCCUUCUCAUACAACACAGUUCUGAAGAGCUUGUGUGAAGACGGCAGGAGCUUGCAGGCGCUCGACCUACUGCUCCAGAUGGCGUCGAAGGAAGGAGGUGCCUGCUCCCCCGACAUGGUGGCAUAUAGCACGGUCAUCCACGGCUUCUUGAAGGAAGGCAAAGUAGACAAGGCAUGCAAUCUAUUCGAUGAAAUGAUGCGGCAAGGGGUUGUGCCUGAUGUGGUGACGUAUAGCUCGAUUAUCGAUGCAUUGUGCAAAGCUGGAGCAAUGUACAAGGCAGAGUUGUUCCUUCGGCAGAUGGUUGAUGAUGGUGUUCGACCGGAUGAGGUGACAUAUACUAGCAUGAUCCAUGGAUAUUCCACUUUGGGCCGGUGGAAACAGGUGCGUAAAAUGUUCAGAGAAAUGACAAGCCGUGGUCUUAUACCAGAUACUGUCACUUGGAACUCGUUCAUGGACUCCCUCUGCAAGCAUGGAAGAACCAAAGAAGCUGCAGAAGUUUUCUUUUCCAUGGCUGGAAAGGGCAGCAAGCCUAAUAUUGUCUCCUACACUAUUCUUCUUCAUGGGUAUGCCAAUGAAGGAAGCUUUGCUGAUAUGAUGAGUCUCUUCAAUUCAAUGAAAGGCGGCGGCAUUGUAGCCAACUGCAAAGUUUUCAACAUAUUAAUUGGUGCAUAUGCUAAACGAGGGCUGAUAGAUGAAGCUAUGCUCAUACUUACUGAAAUGCGGGGACAAGGACUGAGUCCGGAUGUAGUCACCUAUUCAACUCUAAUAUCUGCACAUUGGAGAAUGGGUAAGCUGACUGAUGCCAUGGAUAAGUUCAGUCAGAUGGUUGUUGGUACGGGAGUACAGCCGGACACAGUUGUUUAUCACUCCCUAGUUCAGUUCUUAUGUACACAUGGUGAUUUGGUGAAAGCGAAGGAGUUGAUUUCUGAAAUGAUGAAUAAAAGUAUUGCUCGUCCAAACACUGCACUCUUUAGUUCAAUAAUGGACAGUCUAUGCAAUGAAGGAAGGGUUAUAGAUGCACACCAUAUCUUUGACUUGGUUAUAGACAUAGGUGAGAAACCUGAUAUCAGUAUGUUUAGUACGCUGAUUGACGGAUAUUGCUUAGUCGGCGAGAUGGACAAAGCAUGUGGAGUACUUGAUGCCAUGGUAUCAGCUGGCAUUGAGCCUAAUGUCAUUACGUAUAGCACACUUGUCAGUAGAUAUUGUAAACGUGGAAGGAUCGAUGAUGGGUUGAUUCUGUUCAGACAAAUGUUGCAUAAGAAAGUUAAACCUACAACUGUUACAUAUGAAACCAUACUGAAUGGAUUAUUUCGUGCUGGGAGAACUGCUGAUGCGAAGAAAAUCUUCGAUGAGAUGAUCGAAAGUGGAAUAAUGGUGAGCAUUUCUACAUAUAAUAUAAUUCUUGGAGGACUUUGUAGAAAUAAUUGCGCAGAUGAAGCGGUCGUCCUAUUCCAGAAAUUACGUGCAAUGAAUGUGAAGUUCAAUAUCACAACACUCAAUACCAUCAUUAAUGCAUUGUACAAGGUUGAAAGAAGAGAAGAAGCUAAUGAUUUGUUUGCUGCAUUACCAGUCAGCGGGUUGGUGCCUAAUGCUUCCACUUACGGAGUGAUGGUACAAAAUCUUCUAAAAGAAGGAGCAGUGGAGGAAGCUGACAGUAUGUUCUCAUCAAUGGAGAAGAGUGGUUGUGCUCCUAGCUCUCGUCUUGUAAAUGAUGUCAUCAGAACUUUAUUGGAAAAGGGGGAGAUAGUCAAGGCCGGAAAAUAUAUGUCUAAAGUUGAUGGGAAGAGCAUCUCACUUGAAGCUUCAACUAGUUCGUUGUUGUUGUCUCUCUUUUCAGGGAAUGGGAAAUAUCGGGAACAACUACAAUUGCUCCCUGCAAAGUACCAAUUUUUCGAUGGAAUCAGUUGAUGCGCUGGACUUGGCAGAUAAGCCUUGUCAUGGUUCACAUCUCCCUCUCAACGAUGUAGACAAGUCUCUUCUGUGUGCCUGCCAAUAUUGAGCUGGGUGACGGUGCCACCGUGGUGUUCUUGUCGGUGCUUAGCUGUUGGGUGUGCAUCCUAUGGUCAUUGUCCCUGAUCUGCAGGCAACCUCCACAAUGGCGGUCUGGUCCAUGACGCAUUUGCUAAUGGUGAAAAGAUUACUAAUAUUUGGGAGCAUAUGCACAUCACGGCGGAUUUCAUCCCUGAGUUAAUCGAGGUGAAUUAACAGUGUUUGCAUUUUUGGACAUGUAUGACCAUUGACAGCUCAAUGCUGUCUCUUUCUAAACUACAGUCUACAGUAACAAAUUACCUCAGGACCUCAAAGCUAUCUUAUAAAAAAUUAAAAUUAUCAUUUUAUCAGUUGAUUUUUUAUUUAUUGUUAAACAAUAUGUGUGUGACUUAUUCGAACAUGGAAUGAAUGCCUAAUCUUGGGUUCAGUUCCUUCUGUUUUUUAAGCUUGAAUUACUAAAUAUCUCAAUCCAAAAGUUCAUGGGUGCAACGCAUUGGAAUUUGUUCUAUCAUACUUAAACAUCUGUUUGUAAGUGCUUCAUGUUACUUCGCAUUUCCAGGGAUGUAUCUCACCACAAUCUUUCAGGGUCAGUACCUGAUUUUCUGAAUCCAAUGCCAUCACGUACAUUUAUGUUGUGACAAUCCUGACCUGACUUCGUUUUCCCAAACUGUGCAGCACGAAACCUUUAAAUCUUUUAUUUCUUCAUCUGUCAAGUUGAUUCCUCAAGAAAACAUCAGUUGAUGAAUCAGGGCUGGUUGCUGAAGCUAAGAACAUUCAGAGAGAAACCAUGGGAGCACAUCUUAAAUCGUAAGAAUAAGAUACUCAAAAU